AUAAAAGACUUUACCCAAGUCUGUGUUCUGGUUAGUGUGGUUCCAACAACCGGAGCCUUCUCUCAUCAACGAGAACCCUCCAAGUUCAAAGUGUGUAUAGUGACUGGGUGUGCAAUGAGGGCAGUUGGUAUAAUUUUCGCGACUAUUUUGGUUGCCGUCGUUGCGACCAAUGAAGUCCAUCAAACGUACGACAAUGAUCAUCAGCACCAGCGAUCGAGCCCGGCGAGUAGCCGGCAAGCCGUAAACGUCGAUCCAGCCGAAUUACAGUCCGACUUUUGGCGUCAAACGGCCCAAGAAACGCUCAAAGCCAAACUGCAGGAAGAACCCAUCGCCUCCAAGGCCAAGAACGUAAUCUACUUCAUCGCCGAUGGAAUGUCCUCGCAAACCAUCGCGGCCACCCGGAUGUACCUGGGUAACGAGAACAAAAUGCUUUCGUUUGAGCAGUUCCCAUACCUGGCCACAGCGAAAACUUACUGCGUGAAUCGCCAAGUAGCAGACUCGGCCUGCACGGCCACCGCGUACCUCUCCGGCGUCAAAACCAACUACGGAAUGAUCAACGUUGGUCCGCACGUCCCUCGCUACAACUGCGCCUACAACCGUACGGAAUCGGAAUUCCUCGGACUGCUCAAGUGGGCCCAGGACUCCGGCAUGGCAACGGGCGUAGUCACCAACGCCCGUAUAACCCACGCAACUCCCGCCGGAGCUUACGCUAGUGUAGCCAAUCGCGACUGGGAAGACGACUCCGCCGUAACGAGCGGAGGCUGCGAUGCCACCAAGUAUCCGGACGUCGCCCAACAGCUGGUCCACGGAGAGGUCGGCAAAAACCUCAACGUUGCUUUGGGUGGAGGUCGAAGACACUUCGUACCGAAGACACAAAUGGACGACGAAAGCGUGGCGGGAUAUCGUAGCGACGGAAGGAACCUGAUCGACGAGUGGAAAGCCGUUCAUCCUAACAACGCUGCCUACGUGUGGAACAAGACCGCUCUGCAGUCGAUCGACAUCGCCAAUACCGAGAACGUGCUGGGCCUCUUCGACACUGGUCACAUCCAGUUCAAUCUGGAGAUUGACGAACUGCAGCUUGGAGCAGUGAAACCGAAACUAACGGAGAUGGUGGAUGCUGCGCUGAAAAUGCUGACCAAAAACAAGGACAAAGGUUUCUUCCUGUUCGUGGAAGGGGCACGGAUUGAUAUGGCUCAUCACGAUUCGAGGCCGCGGCUAGCGCUGGAUGAAACGGCGGAGUUUUCACGGGCCAUUGAACUGGCACGUGCGGCUACGUCGGUGGAGGAUACGUUGAUCGUGGUGUCGUCGGAUCACGGGCACACGAUGACCUACAAUGGAUAUCCGAAACGUGGCAAUGACAUCCUCGGUAUCGGCGGCGUCAGCGACGAAGACGGCCUCCCAUAUACGACCCUGAGCUACGCCAACGGCGAGGGUUACUAUACGACGUACAAGCAGGAGAACCCUGCCGAACGGGCAGACAUCAGCGGGUACGAUUUCACCGACUACCAUACGCUGUACAUGGCCACGGUUCCGCUGGACUCGGAAUCGCACGGUGGUGAGGAUGUGGCCGUCUUCGCCAGUGGUCCAAUGGGUCACAUUUUCCGGGGAAACAUGGAGCAGAACGUGCUCCCGGAUCUGAUUGCUUACGCUGCGCGGAUCGGCCAGUACAAGGAGGAUGGCGGGCAGGACGGUGAACCAGGAUCUGCGCAUGCGGUGGCGGUUUGCAUCCAGCUGAUGGUUGUUUGCGGAAUGUCGGCUUUGCUAAGCCAACUGAAGUGGUAGGGUGAUAGAUUGUUGUUUUUUACUGAUUAGGGUAAGGUUGUUUUGCUGUGCAAAGCGGUUGUCGAAUUCUUGAGAUUGAUGUGAAUAAAUCUUAGAUGGAAAUGUGUGUCUGACA